UCUAUUCCUACAGUGCAAUUGAUGUGGAUACAACGAUGGUGUUUGCGAAGAGGGAAAGGAGUCCAUUCACAUGCUAUAUAGAUCAGUAUUAAUACGCAGGCGUCAGUCGGUUCCCGUGCAGCGUUGCUUCGAAAGAGCUGUGAAGAAAAUACUACAGAAUAGGUCUUUGUCUUGAAUAAUGAUUUACAGCCUAUGCAGCUGUGGAUAAAUUUAGUGCAAUCAUUUGCAUAAUUAGUCUAAAUUUGUGACGCGAGCUGUUACCGUGCGGUGCUUGAGGUCUGCACCUGUUCACUAACAUGCUAAAUUUCGCGGUGAGUGUGCCAUCUGCGUAGGAAACAUCACUUUGUUUUGACAUUUUAAAGCCUAUUACUUGCAUUAACUAGAUAGCGCGUUAUUUCUACCGAGUAUUUACAGUAAGGUCUGGUUGAGCAGUUAUUAGGAAUUAUGCCAUGUAGACACGCGAACGGCUUUGUUCAGACCAGUGAUAAUAGACAUUAGUUUCGUAAGGCGACGUUUUGGACAUUCUGUGAAGAACGCAAGAAGCUAUAGCCAUAGUGUGCAGUUCCGCGAUGCUCGGCCAGUCACCUCACCUUAUUGGCGGAAUCUUGUGGAUUCAGAAUCCAAUGAGAGCUGUCCACUGCAACCUGAGCCAGAAUGGGAUUGACCACCAGAUGAUGUGCCCAGAUGACGUGACCUCUCACCUGGAGGAGGAGCCUCUGGACCAGGGCGCCAUGCUGGACGACGACAGCCCCACCUAUCAGGACGUGAGACCCGAGUACCAGCGCCGCUCGCCGCCCCACCGCUCCGUCUCUGAGUCAGAACUCUCACGGCCAGGGAACGUAAAGCUGUCCAAGCCAGUGGCCCUGUGGUCCCAGCAGGACGUGUGCAAGUGGCUGAAGAAGCACUGCCCCAAGCAGCACCAGAUCUACAGCGACUCCUUCAAGCAGCAUGACAUCACAGGACGGGCUCUGAUGAGAUUGACGGACAGGAAGCUGGAGCGAAUGGGCAUCAUGCAGGAGGGCCAACGGCAGUACAUCCUCCAGCAGGUCCUGCAGCUCCGUGUCAGAGAGGAAGUCCGGACCCUGCAACUACUCACGCAAGCCUCUCUGGAGUGUUCUCCGUAGCACGGGCAUUCCAGGACACCAGCCGCCAACAGGACCCAGUCUGACCUCCUACAUCUGACCUCCUCCCACCACCAAUCUGAGCUGUCCUGACCCUGACCCCAACCUUAAUCCUAACUCCAAUCUUAACCCUAAUCUUAACCCCAUGCUUAGUCCCAAAACCUCAAACCUUCACACGAGUCAAUUCAUUGGCCUGUCCAGUGACUUAUCACAGACAUUCUAUCACUUUCUUGCCUUUAACCAACCGUUUCCACUACAGUUGUCCCUAUGCCAUCCCAACUCUCCUACCCCUUCUGAAGUACCACUAUCCCAGGACUCCAUUCUGAGAACAAGCAUCAAGAGCUGGACAACUUAUCUACCAACCGAUGAUCCCACUACAAGGACCGUGGAGAACAACAAUAAAACAAACACGUCAAAUAUAGCAUCCACUUGAAAAACAACUUCUCACUGUAUGUUAAUUCCUCCAGCAUAGCACUUUAAUGUCCGUCCUAUGUUAAUACAACCCCCACGAUACACCACUGAGCCGGUGUGUAACAUUCUAUUGACUUCUAAUGGUAUCUUUAUAGACAUAUUGGGUACACCAGCCUUUCGCUCUUACCCUCCCUCUUUCUCUCUCUCUCUCUCUAUCACUGACUAUAUCGCCGCAGCGAGAGGGUGCCACAUUUUGCACUUCUAUGCGUUCCAUUUCUCUCUCUCCUUCAUUCACUCUCUCCCUCUUUUUCCGACUGUUGUCUGCAUUGAUUCUGUGCAUUGUCAGUGUCUGGGCUUGCCUGGUGAAAAUAUUGUCUCUGUAGUCCUAUCGGUCUCCUAGUGUCUGCUCCACUCUCUCCCUCCUUCAUUUUGUGGGUCGCUCUAUUAGCGCAGUCAGCAAACCAUCCAUGUGAGAGAACUUCACUGUGAAUACGUCCAGGUGUGGCAUGAAGAGAGAGCGAACCAGGGAAAAUGAAAUGACUGGUAACCUACAUGGGACAAUUGGUGGGUUGAGAGAGAACCAGGGAAAAUGAAAUGACUGGUAACCUACAUGGGACAAUUGGUGGGUUGAGCGAGAACCAGGGAAAAUGAAAUGACUGGUAACCUACAUGGGACAAUUGGUGGGUUGAGCGAGAACCAGGGAAAAUGAAAUGACUGGUAACCUACAUGGGACAAUUGGUGGGUUGAGCGAGAACCAGGGGAAAUGAAAUGACUGGUAACCUACAUGGGACAAUUGGUGGGUUGAGAGAGAACCAGAGAAAAUGAAAUGACUGGUAACCUACAUGGGACAAUUGGUGGGUUGGGCGAGAACCAGGUGAAAUGAAAUGACUGGUAACCUACAUGGGACAAUUGGUGGGUUGAGCGAGAACCAGGGGAAAUGAAAUGACUGGUAACCUACAUGGGACAAUUGGUGGGUUGAGCGAGAACCAGGGAAAAUGAAAUGACUGGUAACCUACAUGGGACAAUUGGUGGGUUGAGAGAGAACCAGGAAAAAUGAAAUGACUGGUAACCUACAUGGGACAAUUGGGUGGGUUGAGAGAGAACCAGGAAAAAUGAAAUGACUGGUAACAUAGAUGGGACAAUUGGUGGGUUGAGAGAGAACCAGGGAAAAUGAAAUGACUGGUAACCUACAUGGGACAAUUGGUGGAUUGAGCGAGAACCAGGGAAAAUGAAAUGACUGGUAACCUACAUGGGACAAUUGGUGGGUUGAGAGAGAACCAGGGAAGUGCUUCUCAAUUGAUGAAGAGAAGAAAAAGAUCACACUGAAGACC